CAGUCUCGCUCCAGCCGUUCCCAAGUCUGGAAACCUCACCAGCUUCCAAAAAGCUGAGUUUCUGAAAGGAAAUAAAAAAAUUAAACAUUUAUGAAAAACAUAUAUAAAAAGUCGAAAUUGCGCGAAAAUACGUUGUAUAUUUACAAUUAUAUGAACGAUCCCGUUUGUCAUAUAGUCAUCUGUUUCUCCACUAAAAAUAUCUCGUACAAGUAGUGCUCGGUUUAAACUCGUAAAUUAAAUUUAAAUUAAACUAGAUUAAAUUUAAAGUAAAUAGAUUUUCGACACUUCGAGUAAGAAUAGAUAAAAUGUCAAAAAUCUCUCUGGACGGCUUUUUUUCCUACUGCAAGUCAAUAGCUGAGCAUAUCCAACUGGGCGAGAGAAUGGCGGCUCUUUCCGGACAAGGGACCCCUAGGCUGACCUCCUCCGUGGGCAACCUCUACUAUGACUCCAUCCUGCCCUACCGCGAGGACUCCGGGCCCCAAACGCGGGAGUUCCUGGCGCGUGUCGUGGACGUGCUGCUCGACUUUGUGCAACAGGUCAACGACCGCAACGAGAAGAUCCUGGAGUUCAAGAUGCCUGAAGAGAUGCAGAAGUUGCUAGACCUGGAGCUUAGGGACGAGCCGCUGCCGCUGAAGCAGCUGCUGGAAGACUGCAAGAUCACCCUCAAGCAUCAGGUCAAGACUGGCCACCCCCACUUCUUCAACCAGCUGUCCUGCGGGCUGGACAUCAUCUCGCUGGCCGGCGAGUGGCUGACGGCCGCCGCCAACACCAACAUGUUCACCUACGAGAUAGCUCCCGUCUUCAUCCUCAUGGAGAACGUGGUGCUCGAGAAGAUGAGAGCCAUGAUCGGGUGGAGCGAUGGUGACUCCAUCCUGGCUCCUGGUGGUUCCGUGUCCAACCUGUACGCAUUCCUGGCAGCCAGACACAACAUGUUCCCGCAGUACAAGGAGAAGGGACUUUCUAGCAUUCCUGGACAUCUCGUCAUGUUCACCUCGGACCAGUGCCACUACUCCGUGAAAUCCUGCGCGUCGGUCUGCGGCCUCGGCACGGACUACUGCAUCUCCGUGCCAUCUGACGAGCGCGGGCGCAUGAUCCCGGCCGAGCUGGAGCGGCGCGUGCGCGAACACAAGGACAAGGGGAACGUGCCGUUCUUCGUGAACGCAACAUCAGGGACCACCGUGCUGGGUGCUUUCGACCCACUGCCCGAGAUCGCAGACAUCUGCCAGAAAUACAAUAUGUGGAUGCACGUUGAUGCUGCCUGGGGCGGCGGCCUGCUGUUCUCCAAGAAGUACCGCCAUCCGCGUCUCACUGGCAUUGAGAGGGCUGACUCCGUGACCUGGAACCCUCACAAGCUGAUGGGCACACUUCUCCAGUGCUCCACCGUACACUUCAAAAUACCCGGCAUCCUGCUGAGCUGCAACGAAAUGGCUGCCGAGUACCUCUUCAUGACGGACAAGAUCUACGACCCUCGCUUCGACACCGGCGACAAGGUCAUCCAGUGUGGGCGUCAUAACGACAUCUUCAAACUGUGGCUGCAGUGGCGUGGGAAGGGUACGUCAGGCUUCGAGCGCCUCAUGGACCGCCUGAUGGAGCUCUCCGAGUACAUGGUGCGCCGCAUCCGCGAACAGAGCGACAAGUUCCACCUCAUCCUGGAGCCCGAGCUCGUCAACGUCAGCUUCUGGUACCUGCCGCGCCAGCUGCGAGGAGUGCCGCAUGAUCAGAAGAAGGAGAUCCUGCUUGGCAAGGUAUGCGCCAAGCUGAAGGGGCGCAUGAUGCAGGCUGGCACCAUCAUGGUGGGCUACCAGCCGGACGACCGGCGCCCCAACUUCUUCCGCAACAUCAUCAGCUCGGCCGCCGUCACCGAGAAGGACGUCGACUUCCUGCUCGCCGAGAUGGACCGACUGGGGCACGACAUCGUUGUGGACUAAACUGGCUACUUUAGCUUUCAAC